GGAACUCCUCGGCUUGACCAUGUACCUCUGUCAACAACUCUGGGUGCUCUUGCUCUGGCUGUGCUUCGCCUUUCUCAGCGUUCAUGGCGUGCCAUGGAAAUGGGGACCUUCCUCGAAUUCUGGACCCCAUGGCGGACCCGCCUGGAAUGGCGGCGAAGAGUCCACCGACAAUAUAGUCAUCCAUUCGAAAAACAACAAGUGGCGUUACUGAUUUUAACCAAGUGGUAGGGCGUGACCACAUCCAAGUCACGCUUCAUUUUACAGUAAAUCUAUGAAUAAUUUUACAACUAUUUUGCUUUGCAAACAAUUUUUUGUCGAACCGUACUCGACUUUUAUGCAAAUACUUCAUUCAUUGUCACACUCAAUUAAAUAUAGUCAUUUCAGUUGUAUAACUAUGUGUCUACGACAUAUAAAUAAACACCUUUACUUUGCUAUAUGCCCAAAAUGGGCACGAGAUUAAAAGCCUUGCAAUACACAUAUUCA